AUGGUUCGUUCAACAACAAUUGCUAGAGCAUCAGACGCGCUCCCACUGGCCGCUUCAGUCGAUGACGAGCAGACAGAGACAGCCCUGCAGGAGCAUAAGCAACAGGCAAAGCUCAUUUUCAGGAGAAUAAACCCUCAGAGCGAGCCACGCUGCUCCAUUGAAAGCGGCGCAUACACUUUGCAUUAUCUGAUAUCAAACGGUGUUGUAUACCUUACGAUUGCAGAGAAGUCGUACCCGCGCAAACUGGCCUUUCUCUACCUUGAUGAGCUGGCCCGGGAGUUUGGAAACUCGUACGGAUCAAAGGUCGAGACCACAAGAAAGCCUUAUGCGUUUGUUGGAUUCGACACAUUCAUGAGCAAGACGGCCAGACUGUACAGUGAUACACGGACAGCAGAUGCUGCUGCUGCUGCUUCUGAAUCAAAUCUCGACAAAUUAAACGGCGAACUUCAAGACGUCACCCGCAUCAUGACCAAAAAUAUGGAAGAGCUCUUGUGGCGAGGUGACAGCCUGGACCGCAUGUCGCAUCUCUCCACUUCGUUGCGUUCGGAAUCGGAAAAGUACAGAAAAGCGGCCCGCAAGAUUAAUAUUGAUGCCAUGAUCCUCGUCGAUUUCCUCAUUGAAGAACGGUCGCAGGUGAAGCGCCGUCUAGCUGCUGCCACUCAAUCUCUGCGACACACUACAAGGAAGCAGGCCAGGCAAUUCAACGCGCAAUGUUACAAAAUCCCAAUGGGUGCAACAGGACGGGCUGGGGGAUACUAUGCACAAGCAUUUGGAGCUCCACCAAACGCUGGUAUGCCGCUGGUCGGCCAAGGCCCUGGUCCGUCGCCGCAGACGACCCGCCCACGCGCAAGGAGCAACGUAGACAUGUUUCCUCCAGCUCAGAUCGCACAGCCGCAGUCUUCUAAUAUCUCUAAAUGGCAAAACGACGUCCAGGCGUCGCAGAUCCACGGCCAACCACCGGCAGUCAUAGAUCAAAGACCAUAUCGAGAACCUAAUCCACCUCCUCAACCAGGCUAUCCAGCAGCAGACGCCGCUGAAGUCCCGUUCGACCCAGGCCCACCCCCCAACUUUGAUGGACAACAGAAGGCCGUCUUAGAAUCCUGGCAACGACAAAAGGACGACUUUCUCCGAUACCAAGCCUCUCAAGGUAGGAACCACAAGCGCUCCAAGUCUCAGACUCGAUUCGCAGAGGAGCAAUACGCCGACUUUUCAAGGGGAGGGGUUACAUUCCCUCAACCUGGUCGUGGAUCGAAUCCCAACUCGGACGUCGAGCGCUCCAUGUCUCGACUGACCUUGAGUGGACUUAACCCCAAGGGAGGAAACACUACCGCCGCUGAACGUCAGGCACAGCGAGGUAGACGCCUCUCAGGAGGUGUUCUCGGCCUGUCGGGCUCCAUGGCACAGCAGCAAGCUGCACAACAAGCCGCUCAACAAGAACAGAUGCAAAGAGCCGCCCAGCAAGAGCAAAUGCAACGAAACGCUCGUGAGAGAUCACGUUCGCGGCAACCCCAAGACGGACGGUACAUGAGUGAAGACUAUGGCGCUAGGCAAGGUUACCCCGGAAACAUUUCCAAUAUAGACCACGGGAUAUCAGGCUCACAGCAACCGACCGUUGUGCCCAGGGGAAAUACCCAGUAUGCAACACCUUACUCUGUGCAACAGUCCACCCCAGCUACAAGAUAUGUCCAAGCACAGAGCAAUCAGCCACAAAGAUCUCCGUCCUUUUACACGCAGCCGAUAACCCCUCAGGAGCCGCAGCCUUCGCCAAUCUAUGGGCAACAGAUUCUACCCACUCAGCCUGUGCAAAUUGGGGGAGCCCAAUACUCUCCUUCGCAGUUUGUGCCCGUUCAGCUUGGCAGCGUGCAAACAGCCGCUAUCCCUCUUGGCCAUGUUUCCAAUUAUCCAGGCUUUCCUCAGGCUAUACCAGGUCUAUCACCUCUACCGGGAACGCUUGACCUUGGUACCGGCCCACAGUAUAUGACGCCGGUCGUCGCUGGACAACCUAUCUUGGGUUACCAACCAGAUCCGAGAACUCCAGCAAAGAGAAAGACAAACAUUGCUGAAGUGAUGGGCAACGUGAAACAACAACAGCAGCAAUUCCCCAUUGGUGGUGCACCAUAUCACAUUGACAAGACAUUAAUCACGCCUGCUCCAGAAGAACCCGACACUUGCGCAAGAGCAAUAUAUCCGAAUAUAUGCAUACUCCAAGUGAAUUAUCCACCUCCAUCUUAUCCACCACCUUCUCACCCACCCCCCUCGCAUCGCCCGAACCUUUCUGUCUCUACCAUUGGUCUCACUGGACAACCUGGAGUGUCGCCUGCUGGUGGUCCCCCAUCCGGCCAGCCUCCUGUAGUCGUCCGCCCUCCCUUCACGCAGAACGAAAGCGCAUCUAGCCUUCCCAGCGUCACAGGGCCGCAAGGAUUUGGGAAUCGACCCACCCAUGUACGCCAGCCGUCCUACAAAGCAGCCCUUCGGGACAAUGGUCAAGAUGCAGUCGCAGAAAGCCCAAGGUCGGAAUUGCCCGUUGUAUCCAUGAGGAAGCCUGAUCCAAACAUGGAAAUCAAACACUUUGAUCCCAAAGUGAUUACGUACGACUUGAAUAGCGAGCAUCGUCUGGAGACUCCUAUGCGGUUCGGACGAUUCGCCUAUGACAGGGACGUCAACCACGCGGAGUGGGAACUAUUUACCAAGCAAAUCCUUGACACUUGGGCCGAGCGGAAUCCAGCUUUCAACCACUACCACCAGGCCGUCAAGAGGAUCCAGGAUAUCUUGAUGGCGUGGAAUUUUGCCUUCUUCAAUCCUCGCGGGAUGGAUGUUGUCCUUUUCAAGGGGAACGAGAGGCGCUCAGGCAAUGGCUUCGGAGAACCAGAGCCUAAUAUUGAUUUCGCAACCGAGGCUGGACCAGUGUCAGAGCCUGAGACAAGUAGCGAGGAGGAGGAAGAGCAUCCGAAUCACUAUCUCAUGAACCGCGCAGAAGCCCACCAGAGGGCGCAGCAAAUUGCUCUCAAGGAACAGCAGCGCGAACUCAGACGAGCCAAACAGUUGGAGGCGCCGCACUCCCUUGUCAUCUAUGACAUACCCAUUCCACAUCCUCAAGCGCCUGAGCCGCAACCUGGAUAUAGAUGA